AUGUCUGAUCCCACCAUGAACAGCCCCGACAAUGGAUCGCACAAGCGCAAGAGAGACGGCUCAGAAGAUCUAGGACCUGAUCCCCAGCGUCUAAACCGCUCUUCUCACGGCAGCAACGGCAGCAUGGGAGACAACCAGCACAACUUCGGCCACAGCGGACUUGGCAACUAUGACCAUGGCCUUCCCAACACCGGAGCUGAGCUCAACAUUGACCAGCAGAUCCUUCAACACGUUGGCCCGCAGAAUGGUCUGUCAGAUGACAACGCGCUGACGGCCAACGCUAAAGCCGCUCUCGCUGCACACACCCCUCAACACAAAUACCCUCCUCCUCCUGACGCUGGAUUCGAUGCGAGCAACCUCACCCAGGGUUUGUCGUUCGAUGAGAUGAACCAGACUCCUAUGGGUGGCGCCCAUAACCAUAACUCGACGGCUGCUGCGGUCUACGCCGCGCGUGAGGCCCAAAGCAUGAACCAGAAGCCCACUGUCGGCUCUCCGGAAUGGCACCAAAUCCGCAAGAACAACCACAAAGAAGUUGAACGUCGCCGUCGCGAAGCCAUCAACGAAGGCAUCAACCAGAUUGCUCGUCUCGUGCCCAACUGCGAUAAGAACAAGGGCGCCAUACUCCAACGCGCUAUCGAAUACAUCCUCCAGCUACAGGAAGAGAAGAAGAACACCGAGGAACAGUUUGAAAAGCACAGUCUCACUGCCAACCACGCCAUCGCCGAGAUCAGCAACUCCAACUCCAAGCUGAAGGGCGAGGUCGGCCGACGCAACAAUCUUGCUUUGAAGUGGCUGCAACGAUGCCGCGAUGCCGGUCUAGAGUUCGACGACUAUGAGGACUCAAAAGAGCUAGAGACACUGGAGAUGGAGUAG